AUGUCGCCCGAGGAGGUAGUGAUGCUAUCUGCUGCUUACAUAAUAAUUCACAAAAGCGUUAAUCAAAAAAAAAAAGAAGAAAAGAACUUCACCAGAAUGUCACCAACUGAUUUUGAAAUGUUAUUAAGAUUGAUUGGACCAUCAAUAAAAAAAAAUGAAACGAAAUUUCGGCAUCCUAUUGAGCCUCAGAGAAGACUACUUGUUACUUUAAGGUUUCUUGCAACAGGUGACUCAUAUGGCUCACUGUCAUAUUCCUUUAAAAUAUCAAAACAAUUGAUCAGCAAGAUCAUACCAGAAGUUUGUAAGGAAUUGAAUAAUGUUUUAAAGGACUAUGUAAAGUGGGGAGCACGGCAACACGUAUCAUAA